AUGAGGAAAAGGCUAUUGCAAGGGCUGAGGGAAGGGCUAAGGCAAGGGCUGAGGCAAGGGCUGAGGCAAGGGCUGAGGCAAGGGCUGAGGCAAGAACGGUGGGAAGAGCUGAGGCAAGGGCUGAGGCAAGAGCUGUGGGAAGAGCUGAGGAAAGGGUUAUUGCAAGGGCUGAGGCAAGAGCAGUGGGAAGAGCUGAGGCAAGGGCUGAGGCAAGAGCGGUGGGAAGAGCGGUGGGAAGAGCUGAGGCAAGGGCUGAGGCAAGAGCGGUGGGAAGAGCUGAGGAAAGGGUUAUUGCAAGGGCUGAGGCAAGAGCGGUGGGAAGAGCUGAGGCAAGGGUUGAGGCAAGGGCUGAGGCAAGAGUUUAGGAAAGGGCUGAGGCAAGGUCUAAGGCAAGGGCUAAGGCAAGCAGUGAGGCAAGGGGGGGUUGGCAAGAGCUGA